CCCGCCCAAGUUGUGGGCGCGUCAGGCCCCUCCCAGCCCUCGCCGAGCUGCCGGCCGGCGUGCGGACUGCGCAGGUGCGCUUCUCAAGCGCGGCCUCCUCAUCCCACGCAGAUCUCGCGGCCUGAGGGUGGGACGGCGGCCGGAGGCUUGGCUGUAGGUGGUACCGGCGACCGCGAGAGCGAACUGGGGGGUUGGGGGGGGGGUCUCCGGAGACCUCGCGAGAGAGGCACGGGCGAGGCUCAGCGCGACAGCCGUUGUGAACGCAGUGGCCGCGAGCCAAGCCUGUACUGCACGGAGCCCGCGGGUGCGACCUGCGCCUUUCCCGGGGCCGAGGCCACGCGCAGCCUCGGGACGAGCCGCAACCCCACGCAGUGAAUCCGAAGGCAAGCCUUCUGGACCCGGCGCUCCAUAGGCCACGCCUGGGCCUGAGAAGAUGGAGGGGGACCAGCGGUCCGGCCCACCCGCCCAGAGCCUGCUCCCUGAUGGCCACUUGGUCCUAUGGACGCUGUGCUCCGUGCUGUUGCCGGUGUUCAUCACUUUAUGGUGUAGCCUGCAGCGGUCGCGCCGGCAGCUGCACCGCAGGGAUAUCUUCCGCAAGAGCAAGCAUUGCUGGCGUGACACCGACCUGUUCAGCCACCCCACCUACUGCUGCGUGUGCGCGCAGCACAUCCUGCAAGGAGCCUUCUGCGACUGCUGUGGGCUCCGCGUGGACGAGGGCUGCCUCAAGAAGGUCGACAAGCGCUUCCCGUGCAAGGAGAUCAUGCUCAAGAACGACAAGGCCGCAGAUGCCAUGCCCCACCACUGGAUCCGCGGCAACGUGCCCCUGUGCUCUUACUGUGUAUUCUGCAGGCAGCAGUGUGGCAGCCAGCCUAAACUGUGCGAUUACAGGUGCAUUUGGUGCCAGAAGACAGUCCACGACGAGUGCAUGCGAGGCAGCUUAAGGAGCGAAAAGUGUGACUUUGGAGAAUUCAGAAACCUCAUCAUCCCGCCAAGCUACUUAACUUCUAUUAACCAGAUGCGUAAAGACAAAAACACAAAUUAUGAAGGGCUUGCUUCUAAGUUUGGAAAGCAAUGGACCCCAUUAAUAAUCCUAGCCAACUCUCGUAGUGGAACUAACAUGGGAGAAGGUCUGUUGGGAGAGUUUAAGAUCCUGUUAAAUCCAGUCCAGGUGUUUGAUGUAACUAAAACUCCCCCGAUCAAAGCUCUGCAGCUGUGCACUCUUCUUCCUUAUUACUCAGUUCGAGUCCUUGUUUGUGGAGGGGACGGGACUGUGGGCUGGGUCCUCGAUGCCAUUGAUGAAAUGAAGAUUAAGGGACAAGAAAAAUACAUUCCAGAGGUUGCGGUCUUACCUCUGGGAACAGGUAAUGAUCUGUCCAAUACCCUGGGUUGGGGUACAGGCUAUGCUGGAGAAAUUCCGGUUGCACAGGUCUUAAGAAAUGUAAUGGAAGCAGAUGGAAUCAAACUAGACAGAUGGAAAGUUCAGGUAACAAAUAAAGGAUACUACAAUUUAAGAAAACCCAAGGAGUUCACAAUGAACAACUACUUCUCUGUUGGACCUGAUGCCCUCAUGGCUCUCAAUUUUCACGCUCAUCGUGAGAAGGCACCAUCUCUGUUUUCCAGCCGAAUCCUUAACAAGGCUGUUUAUUUAUUCUAUGGAACUAAAGAUUGUUUAGUGCAAGAAUGUAAAGAUUUGAAUAAAAAAAUUGAGCUAGAACUGGAUGGUGAGCGAGUUGAGCUGCCUAACUUGGAGGGCAUAAUUGUUCUGAACAUUGGAUACUGGGGCGGUGGCUGCAGACUGUGGGAAGGAAUGGGAGAUGAGACUUACCCUCUAGCCAGACACGAUGAUGGCUUACUGGAAAUCGUUGGCGUCUAUGGGUCUUUCCACUGUGCUCAAAUCCAGGUGAAACUGGCAAAUCCUUUUCGAAUAGGACAAGCGCACACAGUGCGGAGCUGAGGACCAAAUCCAGGGCCUUGCCCUUGCUAGGCAAUCGCUCUACCACUGAGCUAAAUUCCCAACCCCGAAGGGACACUUUUCUAAUUGUUUCCUGAUUUCAGCUGACUUUGAAGUGCUCCAUGAUGCCGAUGCAGGUGGAUGGGGAGCCGUGGGCCCAAGGCCCCUGUACUGUCACCAUAACGCACAAGACACACGCACUGAUGCUGUACUUCUCUGGAGAGCAGUCAGAUGACGACAUCUCAAGCCCUUCGGAUCAUGAGGACGUAAAGGAAGCCGAGUAAGAUGAGAUGAAGCAGCACCUGUGACAUGUCAUCCACAGGGUGCACGGUUGGCACCGCAGCCGCCAUUUCACUCCUAGUAUUGUGUGUGUGAGCCACCUAACCAGCGUUUCCACAGCUAGACUUCAGUGUCACAGACACAGGCUUUUCUGUCAGCCACACGCUCUGAUCAUUUGUCACUAAUUGGAAAAAAAAGGUCCACAAAGACAGAAGACUCCUCCUGGCUGGAUACUUUAUGGCUGGCCUCGCGCUGCGUUAUGCACUGCCCUGGUGGACAAUAUGUGGAUGGAAAGAUCCUUCCCUUCGCUCUGGAUACGGUGACAGCACAUUAAAUGUUGAACAUUGGCUUGCUUUUUGAACUGCCGUGGUUAACCCGGGCUUCCUCCUGCAGUGUGUUUCGUAAGAUGUUCCACACCGAAAACCAGACGGACCCUACAUUCUGAUUUUUAGGAGCGCCUGAGGAGAAAAGUUGAAAGAAAGAUGGCACUUAGCAUUUUCACAGUAGUAUUUCCUGUCAUGCUUCCAGGUGUGUCGAGACCAUGUAGAACUGAAGUGCAAAGACUUUUUGUUUGUUUGUUUGUUUGGGCAGUACUAGGGAUUGAACCUUGGUCCUCUGAAAGUGUAGGUGAAUGCUCUGUCAUUGAACUACACUCCAGCACUAGUAUGUGUGCACAUGUAUAUAUGUACACACGACUAGAUAGGUAAAUAGGUCUAAAGGAAGGUUUAAAAAACUUUGGGUUGGAAGCUGUACAGUUCUCCAGCUUCUCUUUAGACUAAAAGAUAUUGUUGACUGGAAAAAAUACAUAAGGGACGCCUCCAAGUCAGAUUAGUUACUCAGACAAACUCCAGGCUGACUGCCUUCAGGUCACUGCAGGACUGCUGAAGCGCUACCCCCGGAGAGGGAAGCUCUGCUAAGAUGUUUAUAUCAUAUUUAUUUCAAAGUGAGAAAGAGAUAUAUUUUUAACUUAUUGUUCACCUUGUGGCAUGAUGCUCCUGUUUAGCUUUUACACUGUAUUGUACAGCUUUAUUUAGUAAAGUGGUCACAAAAAUCUGCUGGUCACAGUCACAUAGAACUCUCUCUCUUGGUUACCAUGGCAUAUGUACUCACCUGUGCUCAGUCUGCAGACCUCAAAAGGGAGGGCACAUGAUGAAGAACUUGGGGUGGCAAGGUGUCCCUCCACCUGUCCGUUACUACUUAUUGAAGGCAGGUCCAUGGCUGCCCAUUAGAGGGCGCUCUUCUGCUGUCUGUGGCCUGCCUCUGCAGUUAGCCGCACCAGUGGGCAUCUAACUUGGUGUGUUUCUGACAAUGACAUGUUUCCACUUUGUGGUCUUGUGUGAAUUAGUUUCUGAAAGACUAGACUCUAUUCCCAAAACCACCAUUUAUCUCCCUUUUAAUAGUUUAUUAUGAAUCUACAGUCAGUGAAUUGCCAUAAACUUCAAUUUUAGUCACCUCAGGCCUAGACCAUGUUUUUGAAAGGACAACUUAGUAAAUAAAAUAUUAGCGAGUACAUUAUCUAAAGUAAUUUUACUCUGCUUCAUUAACCUCUUCCACCGGUUCCUGGGUGAUGCCAGAUUCUACCACUGAAAGGUGAAGGCGUUCCACCGGUUUGUAACUGCCUUCACACUGGGUAGCUGCAGCUGAGGUUUGCGAUAGCUGGGAAGGUUUGCAGCUUUUUCCUUGUGGGUGAUCCUAUUUGGAGUGUAGUGAAAUUCAUCCUUAGAUUCAUGGUCUGAGGCAUACUGUUAGAUUUACUGUAGAUGCAGUUUAUGUACCUGUAAUUCAUAAUGCUCUAUUUGUGGUAAAACAACUGAUUAGUUCUGGGCUAUCAGUCAAAAUAGAGUAGCCACUGAGGUAUUCCAGGUAGAGCGGACUUGGUGUCCCCUCACCAUGACACGCCAUGGUCUCUCUGAUGCCUUACUCACAUUCCAUUAUGUAACUUCUCACACUCUGAGUCACUAGUUACCCGGCAUUCCAGAUAAAUGAAUAGGCACGUGCCUUGUUUGAAUACAAUUUGUAGUGCUUGGUGUUUGCAAGUUAUAUAUUAGAUGGUGAACUUAUUACCAGGCCUCUAUACUUCACAAAAUGAUUCACUAUGAGAUCCCUCCGUUCCAUUUAAAGUUGUCUCCAUAGCAACACCACUUACACAUUCUCAGGAAAAACUAUGAGCCAUCUCUUUAUCUGUUUCCACAUCGCUCAUAUUUUCUGCUCUAAUACAUUCCUCAUGAACUUACUGGCAUAAACUCCGAAUAGAUCCUUAGGCAGACAGUUUUCAGUGCUUUAUAGAGUCGGAGGCAUUUCUGUCUCAGCAUAGACGUCAUCCAGUAGUAAGGUAACUGAAGUUAAAUGUUUUAGACUCUGCAACUUAGCUGUGAGCCUGUGAUGUAGCUGAUAUUUAUAACAAUUUUAUACAGUGGAAACUAUUUAUUUUAUUUUUUUAGAGUAUGGAAAUCUGUGGCAAUUGCCUUUUGAGUAUUUGUGUGCCUGGUUGUGACGUAGGCUGACUCAGAGAAGUUCUUCUUGUGCUGUGUAAAUUUAGUACUUCUUCCAGCAUGUCAGAAAGUAACUUUUAUCUGUAACAUAAAGUAAAAUAUUUCUACUGUACACUGUGGGAUUUUUAUUUGCACUAGCUAGAAAACUUGAAAGGUUAUGUUAAUUUGCACAUUAAUGUGGACCUGAAUACAUAAUCUGACCAGAAAGGUCAGUAGAAUAGGUGAUAAUGUCAAAAUAAAGAUAUUAAAGCAAAAAGCCAGCACUUUAUAUUCAGAAAUGAGGUGGGAGUGUUAAUUUGGUUUCUGUGACUUUUUUUUUAAACUUCUGAUGGUUUAGGACAGGAUAUUAAGUAGAUUAUUUUUUAAGAUUUAUUUAUUUGCCGGGCAUGGUGGCGCAAGCCUUUAAUCCCAGCACUUGGGAGGCAGAGGCAGGCGGAUUUCUGAGUUCGAGGUCACCCUGGUCUACAGAGUGAGUUCCAGGACAGCCAGGGCUACACAGAGAAACCCUGUCUCGAAGAAAAAAAAAAAAAGAUAUAUUUAUUUUAUGUGUAUGAGUGCUCUAUGGACACCUGUAGGACAGAAGAAGGUAUUGGAUCCCAUUACAGAUGGUUGUAAGCCACCAUGGGGUUGCUGGGAAUUGAACUCAGGACCUCUAGAAGAACAGUCAGUGCUUUUUUUUUUUUUUUUAAAGAUUUAUUUAUUUUAUGUAUAUGAGUACACUGUAGUUGUCUUCAGACACACCAGACAAGAGCGUCAGAUCCCGUUGCGGAUGGCUGUGAGCCACCAUGUGGUUGCUGGGUUUUGAACUCAGGACCUUCGGAAGAGCAGUCAGUGCUCUUAACCACUGAGCAAUCUCUUCAGCCCCCUAAGUAUAUUUUAUUUAUAAUUAUUUUUUUAAGUCUAGAAAUUUUAGAGGAGAAAUAGUUCUGUUACUUCAUGCCAGUCCUCAUGAAGUCACACGCUCAGCGUCUGCACGGACACCUGCUUUGGCUCACCUCUACAAAGCAUGUCCUGGGUUUCAGACCAUCCCUGCAGCUCAGGUAUUCUCUGAGAGCCAGGAGGGCCACGAGUGUGGUUGAGGGGUGAAUUCCUACUCAAUUUUGGAUCAAGUUGGCUGUGUGUGCUAUUAUAAUCCCCACACCUAGAGGCUGAGCUCAAGGGCAGCCUGGCUAUAUAUGAGGACCUUAUCUCAACAAUUGCUUACGUUCUAACCCAAUUGAUGACCUAGCAUUUAGAAAUUGAUAGUUCCUGGAGUGACCUAAUCUUUACAUUAGUUCCUAAAGGGAUAGUCUUUAGACGGCUUCGUGGAAUCCCGGAGGACAGGGAGUAGAGCUGGUGGAGCAGAAACGAGCCUUCCACCUCUGUCAGUCACUGUGGCAUAUUAGACUGUACUGAACUUAACACUGCACUGAGCUACUGAGUUGUGUAUAACACCCGUAGGUAAAGUAUUUCCACUAUUUAAAAAAAUGACCCUCAGUGGGGCAUGGUAGCAAUGUCUGUAAUCUCUCUCAGAGAGAGGCAGGAAGCUCUCUGAGUUUAAGGCUGGCCAGACAAGGCUACUUAAACCCUGUCUCAAACAGGGCUUUUAUGUGUAUGGCUGUUUUGUCUGCACGUGUCUUCACUAUGAUGGUGUGAGUACUGGGAGCUGAACUCUGGGACCUCUGGAAGAACAGCCAGUGCUCUUCACCACUGAGCCAUCUCUCCAGCCCUGAGAUUGUAGUUUUGUAAAAGGGAUUUGGAAAAGUUCUAUCAUUGAUCACUUUAUCACAUGGUUGAUUUUCUAAUGAUUGGGCUUUGUUUGGUUAGUUGGUUUGGUUUGGUUUCUUGAAACAGGGUUUCUCUGUGUAGCCCCAGGCUGUCCUAGAAUUCACUUUGUAGACCAGGCUGGCCUCGAACACAGAAAUCCACCUGCCUCUGCCUCCCAAGUGCUGGGAUUAAAGGCGUGCGCCACCACCGCCCGGCCUAAUGAUUGUUUUUAAUGCAUUCAAAACCUCAUGUUUUUCUGAAAAAUACUUUUUCGGGGAUCUUAGUUGCCACUUGGAAUACACUUCCUUGGCUGUCUCGAAGCUUUCAAUGGGAGGUUUGUUGCAUAGUAAAAUACCAAACUUAGCCUCUAUUCCUCAUGUUGUGAUUGUAGUGUGGAAAUUGUUUGUGUAUUCAGUUACUUUAUAUAAAUACACCUAAGUGUUUACUCUGGUGCCCCUGGCUGUGUAAUGAGUAUGAGGCUUCCUGGUCUCAAAGGGUAUAUCCUAUGGUUCUUGAGAGUAUAUUAAAGAGUCAAGUUUUAAUGCAGACACUGGCAAGGCUUAACCCUCUAGAAUGGCUAUAGAAUAUCCAGAAAGUGUGUAAGCAUUAUGCUGGCAAUAGGCCAAAAAACAUUUCCUCAGUCUCUAUAAGGAUAACCUAGGCUACUCACUAAAGGAGCCAGUACAGAAUACACUGGACAGGAAGGGAACGCUGACCUCUUUGGUGAAGACAUAGGAUGUUGAAACAGAGAGUUGGGAAAUUAGAUUGUUUCCUAGUUCUUUCUGACACCAUCGAAGGAUGAUAGCAUCCUGAUUGGAUAGGCAGAUUUGACAGGCAAAGAAAAAGGCAGGGUUAGAAAGGGCAGGGCAUGAUGCUCUUAGGUGGUGAUCGCCUCCUACACCCUUUGUAAUUGCUGGGUUCAGGACUCACUCAGCUAGUAAUCCUUACAACUUGAUCCUCCUGCAUGACCCCUGUGGAUAGGAGGGCCCUCUGCUCUGUGAUUCUGCUCUGUGCAAGUUUAGAGCAGCCUAUCUGGGUCCUCAGUUCUCUCACAAGAGAACCUCUGCUCUUACCUCUUAGCCCUCAGCACUGAAGACACUCGGCGACCCCCACUGGAGCAGCCGCCCGGCUCUUGCACAUUUACCCCUCUCUGAUCACAGUAAUAACAUCUCCCACUGUUAAUUAUUCUAUGUUAAUUGCAUUAUUGAGUUGGGUCUGCAUCCUGUGACCAGUGCCUACAAACAGAAAUGUAAAUGAGAGCAUUUGAAAUGUUGAAGAUAUGUUUGCUUGUUUUGAAAUAAAAUGUAAAAUAUA